AUGACUGCAAUAGAACAGCUUUGCAAAAUAAUCACUUAUGCUCGAUCAACACCACAAAGAAAAGAAAAGUUUAUGAACUAUAAUUCAAGUAAACUUGAAUUAAUUCCAAUUAAUAUUAUAACAACUAUUGAAAAAGAAAUAAAAAAAUAUAAAUUAAAUGAAGAUGAUUGGAAUUUACUUGAAGAAUUUAAAAAUUUAAUGGAGUACUUUGAAGAUGCAACUACUUAUAUUAGUAGAAGUACUUAUUCAACAAUUGGCUUUAUAGUUCCAGCUUAUAAUACUUUACUUGAUAUAUUAGAAAAUUUUAUUGUAGAAAAAAGUACAAUUUUAACUAUUAAAAAUACAGCUCAAUUUGCUACUAUUUUUAAAAAACGCAAAAAAGUUGAUCCUUCAGAUGAAUUAGCUACUUAUUUAAGAGAAUCUACUGCUGAUACUAAUGAUGAUAAUAAUAUUGAUAUCUUAGAAUA